GUUGUCGUCUAUCGGAAUGCCAAUCUCAGCUCAUUAGACUUAACAUCAAUCUGUCCAAAAAUGAGACGCUCUUUACUUAUUUGCACAGCUUGGAUCAGGUUAUGUUCAGCUUUGGGCGCCACCCAUCUGACAAAGACGCACCCGGACCUUGUCUGCCCUUUCCUCUCGGUCGGGGCCUGGCCGUCAUGUCCUGUUGAGAUGCCUGAUAUCAUCGGCGAUGGGGGCGUCUCAGAUAAUGGUUCUGAAUGGUACAGAAGCGACAAGUGUCACCAAGUCGGUUCUGAAGUGUUCUGCGCCUUUACUCAGCCCUCGUUCAAUGCCGGCCACGGCAUAGCCUUGGUUACGACCGCCGAAACACUCCAGGAAAUGGCAUCUCUACACGUCUUCACUGAUCCGAGAGAACAAAUGUUUGGGUGGAUGCAGUCCGCUGGCCCUGCCUACCGAGAGGAACAAAUACCGGGGAAAGGCAUUGGCCUGGUGGCCAAAAGGCUUCUGAGAACCAACGAGGCUUUCUUAAACCGUGCGCCUAUUGUCAUGGUGGAUGGCAUAGCCUUUAAGCGCUUGGGUCGAGCUCGUCUUACAGAACUACUCACACAAGCUGUCGCCGAUUUGCCAGAGACCUAUCAAGCAGAAUACCUCAACCUGACCACACACAUUGAUGUCGAGACACACCAGCAGAGGGUGUAUGAGAUUUUCAUGAAGAAUGACUUUGUCACUUCGGUUAAGGACAACCUAGAAUUCCAUUCUGUCUUCCCACAAGUUUCUCGGCUGAACCACGCCUGCCGCCCUAAUUCGAAAUACACAUUUGACGCAUCCAUGUUGACCCAAUCGGUCUUCGCAGCCCGCGAAAUUUCACCUGGAGAGGAGCUCACGGUCACUUACUUCGACUCCAUCCAAACACGCUCACAGCGGCAGCUGCUCUCAAAGCAUGGGUGGGGUUUCGAGUGCACAUGUCCGCAUUGCUCGGCAAGUGAGGAGGCAAUUUUGGAGUCGGAUGGAAGAGUUGAGCAGAUUCUCACGUUGCAGAGAGACCUUGACGACUACUCCGCCACGUCGACCGCAAGUCCCGAGAAAGCGGAGCUUCUGGUGAAAUUAUUCGAAUCUGAGGGUCUUGUCACCCGAAUGGUCGAAGCGUAUUACCGGGCUGCAAUCGAAUAUAAUUCCGUGGGCAGUGCGGGUGAGGCUGUCAGGUUCGCCACACUGUGCAUCGAAGAAGGGAAAGUUUUGGAAAACUCGAUAGGUCCUUUUAUUAACAACAUGAGGGAACUGGCACGGGACCCACGGGCUCAUUGGACUUGGAGGUUUCGCCUGAAGGCUGGAUGAAGCAAGUCAAGAUGUGCAUACCCGCUCCCCACAGGCGGGACAGACGUAAUUUUGAUUAAACGAGAAUUAAAGUAGGAGUUCCUCAAGCAUAACGAUAGCAAUUACCUGGUGGGACCAAGGUGAUUAAAACACAGUACGAC